AUGGAGGACCAUAAAAGACUCACCAUCAAGUCCCUCAAACCCUCCCGAUCUCUCAACUUCCUCAAUCGAGAAUACCUCUCAUCAAAACUAUCCCUAUCAAACCGCCAUUCCACCCCCCCAAAACACCCCCCCAACCCACCACCCACCAUAACAGUAUCAAACCAAACCACACCCCCCCUGCUCCGCCCAAAUCUCAAAGAAGACCCCUCCACACCCCCCGAACCACCAAAGGAACCAAAGCGUAACUCAUUCGUUUCAUUCGUCGACAGCAUCAGCUCCAACACCAGCUCCAAGGCCAGCUCUAGGAAGCUCACCAAAAAGCGCCCCGCCUCCACAGCAAUGGCAUCUUCAUCGUCGACGAACGUCCUCGAAGAUAACCCUGAGUACGCCACGGCGAACUUCGUUGGUGGAAUGGUCGCCAGAGAAGAGAGGGCGGAGGUCGAGGCGUUGAAGAAUCUGGACCCGGUGAGGAGUAUUGUCGGUAAAGAACAGCGGGCGGGGGUCGAGGCUGUGAAGAAUCUGGACCCGGUGAGGAAUGAGGAGAGGCAGGUGAAGAGGGAGUAUGAGGUCAAGGUGAGGGAGGAUAGGGAGAGGACGGAGCAGUUGGAUAAGAAGUUCAGGGCUGAGGAGGUGUGUGAGGAGGAGAGUGAGAAGAGGAAGGGGAGGCAGUUUUAA